AUGGCACUCAUUAAACAACACUAUACAAAGAAAGAUAUGGAGAAGUACAUUGUGGCAAAUGGAAGCCAGGAAAGACCUUUCUAUUAGAUCUUGGAAACUGAGAGUGUGCUUUGUACUUCCUGGAUAGGACAAGCUUCUGGCCUUUCCAUUUAUCCAGAGGCAGAAUGGACCCUCUUGCCUGCAACUGGUACAUUGGCCAAUUUCAACAAAGAGCCUAUACUGCCUGAGGAAACAGUGUUUCCUCUUAACAAGGUACAAUAUUGGCUCCUCUGCCAUGAGAGGGCUGUUCUUGGAAAUGUACUCCAGAGACUUUCCCAUUUAACCACGAUACAGACUGCCUUGCUACAUAAUUCCCCCUGCUGA